AUGAUUAGACAUUGUGGUUUAUUAGAGUUUCCUGCGAUUGGUGAUAGCCUUUCUUGGCGCGGUUGGCGGGAUAAAAAACCUAUUCGGUGCCGCCUUGAUCGGGCUUUAGCCAAUGAGCAGCUACAUGAUAUGUUUAGCAACUCUUUUACGGAAUAUCUAACCAUGAUCGCUUCGGAUCACAAACCGGUUUCAGUAUAUCUUGGGGAUAAAGUCCGGCGAGGGAGGAACAGUUUUCGCUUUGAUCGAUGUUGGCUUGAUAAAGAGGGUAUUUUUACUGCUAUAUCAGACGGUUGGAAUUCUGGGGCUUCAGCACCAUCUGGUAAUAUUAUGGAUAAGAUUGUUACAUGCCGUCAGGCAAUUUCCCAAUGGCGGAAAGCGCAAGCUCCGUACGGUCGAGAAACGAUUGAGGAUUUAAAAUCCUGUUUGGCAACCGCCCAAGCACAUGAUUCUACUUCUGUUGAAGUCAUUUCGGAACUAACUUGGAAACUGUGCGAGGCAUACCGGGACGAAGAGAUUUACUGGUAUCAAAAAAGUAGGAGCCGGUGGAUGCGAUUUGGGGAUCAAAACACUAGCUAUUUUCAUGCACAGACCAAACAAAGACGGGCUAAAAACUGCAUUGUGGGUCUUCAUGACGAAGUUGGUCACUGGGUUACGGAGGAUUCCAAGGUAUCGGAACAAGAAAUCAAAGAGGCUUUAUUUAUGAUGCAUCCUGAUAAAGCUCCUGGACCGGAUGGUAUGACGGCCCUUUUUUAUCAGCGUGCAUGGGAUACGGUGAAGGCGGAUUUGGUGGAUAAGCUGACCCGAAUGACGGAAUGGAGGCCCAUCAAUCUCUUUAAUGUUGGAUAUAAGAUCAUCUCCAAAAUCUUAUGUCAGCGAUUGCGUAUUUUUUUACCGGCAUUGAUUACUGAAACACAAUCGGCUUUUGUAGAGGGGCGUUUAAUCAUGGAUAAUAUCUUGAUUGCUCAGGAGAUGUUUCAUGGCCUUCGUACUAGCUCUUGUAAGGGCAAGUUUAUGGCCAUUAAAACAGACAUGAGCAAGGCCUAUGAUCGGGUGGAGUGGUCUUUCAUUGAAAAUCUGUUGCGGAAGUUUGGAUUCUGUGAAAAAUGGAUCUCUUGGGUCAUGUGGUAUGUGACGUCGGUUCAGUAUAAAGUUUUAUUAAAUGGGCAACCACAUGGUUCUAUUCUUCCUUCUAGAGGGCUUCGACAGGGGGAUCCCUUAUCACCAUAUCUUUUUAUUCUUUGCACAGAGGUUUUAAUUGCCAAUUUCCGCAAGGCGGAACGGUCUAAGCUUAUCAUAGGGAUUAAGGUAUCGAUUGCUUGUCCAGCGGUAUCUCACUUACUAUUUGCGGAUGAUAGUCUUUUUUUCUGCCGAGCUACGAAGGAGCAAUGUGAGAUUGUUUUAGGGAUUCUAAGACAGUAUGAACGGGUCUCUGGACAGCAGAUUAAUUUUCAAAAAUCUUCUGUCCAAUUUGGUCAUACGGUGGAUGCGGAUCUACGGGAUGAGCUAAAAGGGGAUCGAUUGCAAAAACGGACAGGUGGCUGGCCUGCCAGGUUACUUUCUAGAGGGGGGAAGGAGGUGAUGAUCAAAUCGGUAGCGACCGCGGUUCCGACCUUUGUCAUGUCUUGCUUUCGCCUUCCAAAAACGGUUACAAGAAAGCUUACUAGAGUGAUUUCUAAUUUCUGGUGGAGUUCUUCAGGGGAGACUCGAGGUUUACAUUGGAUUGCUUGGGAUAAGUUAUGUGUAGAUAAGAUAGAUGGAGGGUUGGGUUUUCGUUGUUUGGACGAUUUUAAUACUGCGUUGUUGGCUAAACAACUCUGGCGUUUGAUUACAGCUCCAGAAUCGUUAUUUGCUAAGGUUUUUAAAGGUCGAUACUAUAGGCAUUCCAAUCCUUUGGAUCCUACAAAAUCUUAUUCUCCGUCAUAUGGAUGGCGGAGUAUGAUAUCUGUUCGCUCUCUGGUAAAUAAAGGACUUAUUAAAAGGGUAGGAUCCGGCGAUUCCAUUUUAGUAUGGUCUGAUCCCUGGAUUUCUGCUCAAUCCCCGAGACCAGCAUUGUGUUCGGGAUCGUCCAUCGAUCCUACGCUUCGAGUUGAAACUUUCAUUGACAGGAGUUCUCAAUCCUGGAACUUGGCGUUGCUUUCGGCCUCUUUUGAGCCGAAGGAUGUUACCCUUAUUUCCGCAUUACCUCUUGGGAAUCUAAAUUCACCGGAUAGAUUGGGAUGGCAUUUAACAAAAACUGGUCUAUAUACAGUUAAGUCAUGGUACAAAGCUCUGCGUCAGAAUCAGGUGACUUCUCCACUUGUUUCUGGCCCAAGUAUUAUACCCCUGCAGGCCUUUGUUUGGCAAAUUAGGUGUCCACCAAAAAUUCGACAUUUUUUGUGGCAAGCACUUACGGGUUGUGUAGCAACAACAACUAAUCUGCGGCGAUGUGGUAUGGGUUGCGAGUGGCCCGCAUUCAAGACAUAUCUGGAUGAGAUUGAAGGUGACAAGAAGGAGUUCUUGUACUUUUCCUUAAUCUUAGUUCCCCGUUCACAGAAUGGUAUUGCUGACAAGCUGGCGCGUCGUGCUAGAGUAGAGUCACAUCAUAUUACUUAUGUGAAUGUUUUUCCUUCUAAUUGGCUCAUAUGA